AUGACCUCUUCCAUCAAAGCAGGAGGGUCGUGGACAAACGUUCGAAGCAACCAAGAUCUUGGCGGUGAGAGCCUUAAAGUAAUUCAUAAACUUCCACCAGAAGUGGAACGGGUAAAUGCUGCUGAUUGUGUUUCAUUGGAACGAUUUGCAAAAUUGUCUAGCAUCUUGGAGCAUAAAGAGGAACAAAUGAUCAAAUGCAUCGCAUUGUUUAAUUGUCAGAAGCUAUGUGACAAUUUGGCUCAUGACUUGUCAAAGAUUGAAAAUAUUUCACUGAAUAAGGUCAGUCUCUGCUUUGUCUUUCUCUCCUCUAAGCAAUCUCAAUUCGACAUUGUAUUUCUCGAAAGUGAAGUUCCUAAGUGGUUCAGUCAUCGUGAAGAUUUGUAUGAAAUGAGUGAUGAAUAUGAGUUUUCUUUAGAAAUCCCUCGAAAUUUCAAACUGCAAAAUAGAGGAUUGUCUAUAUGUGUUGCUGUUGGAAUUAAUAAAAUAUUAAAAGAAAUGAUGCAAAGUAAGAUUGGUGUUGAAAUUAGCCAAAAAGAAAAAGAAGAAGUAAUGCAAGAAGAAGAAGAAGAAGGAAAAUGGCAAAGUAAUUAUGGCCGUUGCUUAUUCAUAGCUAGAAUUUACAUUAACGGAGAAAGUGUUGUGGUGCAUUUGUUUUUCUUUGAACAAACAUAUGUGGAAUCACCUCAUGUGCUGCUGCUUUAUGUUCCAUUCGUUAGGCUUGCACGUUCUAUUGUUAGCGAGAUCCUAGCUUAA